AUGACAUCGCAAAUAGUGCAAUAUGUUCUCGUGAGGAGUGAUCUAUUGACGUCUUUAAACUGGCCAGUUGGAGCUGUCAUUGCACAAGCCUGUCAUGCCUGCUCUGCUGUCAUACAUUUGUUCUAUAAUGAUGAAUAUACCCAAAAAUAUUUAAGUGAAUUGGAUAGCAUGCACAAAGUUGUUCUGGAGGUUCCUAAUGAAGAUAUGAUGAAAAAGUUGUCUGAAAAGUUGAAUGAAAAUGAAAUUAAACACAAGUUAUGGAUUGAACAGCCAGAAAACAUACCUACUUGUCUAGUUGUGAAACCAUAUCCGAAAUCAGAUGUGCAGAACUAUUUUAAAAAGUUCAAGUUGUUUAAAGCAUAG